UGUUUAAACAUUUCAAUGGCUCGACUGGCGAAGGACCUGUUUUGUAUAUGCGUGAAAAUUUUUAUAACAUUAUAAAAUACUUUUGUGUGAACAUCCAAUACUACAGAGAAGUGAAUACGGAAAUAACUAUCGAUGAAAAACAUAUACUUAACUAUUAAAUAAUAAAGUGCUAGAACUAAACGCGAUAAUAAUUAGGUCGAGAGGAAACGCGAACAAACAGAAAUGGAUGUGGAAUUAAUUAAAUAUCAAAAUGCAGAUGAUGUACCUCGUAACAGAAACUACAAGUUCAGGAUUGGCAUUCGUCACAUUCAAUUGCUGUAUAUGUUCUUGAUAUGCGGUGCCAUGGGCGUUCUACGCGUGAGUCCUGGUGUUGCCAUGCUCGCCGUCACUGACACGUCACGAAUCAAUGAUACGUACAUACAGAUCAAAAAUUGGGAUAGAAAAACACAAGGCGUGGUAUUAUAUUCCUUUUUUAUGGGAUACGCAAUAAUGCUGGUGCCCGGAGAAUUGUUUCUGAAGAGGAUCGGAGGCAAAUACACGCUGGCCGUGGCUCUUCUAUUGAACGGUGGAUUGUGUGUCGCAAUGCCGACCGUAAUAAAUAAAGGGAAUGUGUUGGCUGUGUCUGGGAUGCAUCUGUUUAUGGGAAUGUCACAGGCAUGUGUGUCGCCAGCAAACCGGGCAUUGCUCGACAAGUGGUUACCGCCUCAUGAGAGAAGUCUGUUUGGACGGAUAAUUUUUAUGGGCUUACUCCUCGGUAUGAUAUUAGCACUUCCUGUAAUUGGAAUCAUAUCUGAAGCCCGCCUCGGCUGGGAACUAAUUUACUAUAGCUUGGCUAUGAUGGCAUUUUCAAUAGGUGCUAUAUGCAUUUUACUGACUGCAAAUUCCCCAAACAAACACCAAGCAGUGGGCGAUACUGAGAAAGAGUAUAUAGCAGUUGCCAAGAACAACAUGGAGAAGAUUGUAAUGGAGAAUAAGGAAAGGAAAUAUCAAAACACUAAUGGAAAUAUAACUUCCCCACCAAUACCAUGGUGUCAAAUAUUGAAAACUUCUCAGUUUUGGAAACUCGCAUUCUCGCAUGUCAGUUCGAAUACAGUAUUUGUGUUUUGUCUUUCGGAUAUGCCGCUUUAUUUGCAGAAUUUUUAUCCUACUCUCAGGGAGAACACGUCCUGGAUGGCAAUAUUUUAUACAAUGUGGCUACUUAUGGAACUGCUAGGAAUGAUCGCCUCAUACAUUUACAACCAUUUCUUCAGAUGGAAUGAAAUUCCAUUUAGAAUAGUUUUUUCAUUUAGUUUUAUUGGUAUAACAUGUGGAUUACCAAUUCUACCGUACUUAAUACCAGAUUGGAAUAUCACAGCGAUGAUCACUCUGAUGACUAUACUAGCAUCGUUGAGUGUACAGACGCAUGCAGUAAUGAAGAAUGUCAAGGAAAUGAGAGAUAUGGACCCUGGGACGGUUCUGAUGUUGACCAGCACAAUCGCUAGCCUCGCCGGAGCUUGCAUACCUUUGCUAACGGGUUUCAUAAUCGUCGAUAAAAUGAACAUGCACCGCUGGCGUUACCUUUUCUUUACUCUUAUGACAAUAGUUCUGUUUUGUCAAGCGGCAUACUUUAUACUUGCAAGUUGUUCAAAAGUGUCAUCGAGGAAUAGAGUCAAAAGAGGUUAUCACUUAACUGGUUACGAUAACUCAUCAGAAUUGCUCGAGAUAAAAUCAAAUCACAAAACGGAACAUGAGGCGGAAAAAAUAUAAUAGAAAUUGCAAAUUUACCAGAACCAGAAAUAAUUGACUGUAUGGCGUUUCAAGGACUCCGAAAUUUUAAGAAAUAGAAAUAAAAACCAUAAGAUCUCUUU